UGUUUAACGAGUCACACAACAGCCACAGCCACGCCCCCUUCCAGGAGAGGGCGUGGUCUCUCGCUGUACACUCCACACAGACACGAAGACAACUUGCCACUAAAGUUCCCACGCAUGGAGCCCACGGAGACCGUCGCGUAAGAAGGGAUGGAGGCGGAGGGGGCGGCGGGUUCCCUGGACCUGAGCCACCUGACGGAGGAGGAGCAGUCCAGCAUCCUGCAGGUCUUGAUGCGAGACAUGGACCUGCGGCGCUGCGACCAACGACGCGUAAGUGCGCUGCAGCAGACCAGGACCGACCCCAGGCUCCUGCGCACCCUGUCGGGGGCGUGGUUCAGCGAGGCGUCCGGCAGGCGCCACCGGGGCCGUGUGUCGGGCUCCGACCUCGUCCACGCCACCAUACGCCGCAGGACGCCAAAGUGCAGCGAUGCAUCGGUGGCCGACAUGUUCAACGGUGGAAGGGAGGGGGAGGAGCCGACGAGGAGCCCCUCCCUCCAGGGGGACGGACGAUUGAAGGAGUCAACAGAAGAGAAUGUCAAAAGUUGUGAAUCUCCACCCAGCAGGGAAAGUCCUCCAACAAAGGAGGCCUACAAGAGGGCCUCGGUCUCCAUGUGCAGCAUCCUCACCGACUUAGAGCCCGCGUCUCUGAAAGGCACCCACUUUCACUCCAGCUACACGCUCAGCGGCGGCGUGAGUCUCUCCAGCUCGGGGGUCUUCGGGGUGGUGGAAGUCCAAGGCCGAAUGCAGUUCUCGCUGGACUACGACGACCACAAGGAGGAGUUAAAGGUCAAAGUGCAUCGCUGCGAGGACGUUGCCUCUGUGGGGGACAACCGCUCCGACUUGUACGUCAAGUCUUACCUGCGCCCCGACAUGUCCAGCCGCAGCAAGAGGAAGACCACGGUGAAGAGGAGGACGCAGAAUCCCGUCUUCGAGCAAACUCUCAAAUAUAAGUUGCGUAUGAGCGAGCUGACAAGUCGCAUCUUGAACCUGUCCGUGUGGCACGCCGAGACCUUGGGCAGGAACGUGUUCCUGGGGGAGGUGGAGGUGGAGCUGGACCUCUGGGACUGGACCAGCACACAGCCGCUCUGGCAGGACCUGCAGCCACGGUUCUUCUUGAGGCCAGAGUGUGUCAGCAGUCGUGGCUCCCUCCUCUUGUCCAUUAAGUUUAUUCCAGAGGGCUUCCAGGGUGGUCUGCCGCUCACAGGUGAGCUCCACAUCUGGCUGCAGGAAGGUCGAGGCCUGCUGUCCAAAAAAGGAGGCGCUGUUGACUCGUUUGUGCGGAGGACAUGCGCUUCUUUGGCCGUACGCACAGCGCCGGACCUGCGUAUAAGGAGGGGCGUCCCUGGUCAUCGCCACACAUCACAGGCCCUCAUAGAAGCGCCGCGCUCACACGUGUCUUUCGAACCCCCACAAAGUUACAUCUUGCCCGACGCCGGCUGUCAGAGCGGCCAGAAGACGCAGGUGGUGAAGCGUGCCAUCAACCCAGCGUACAACCACACCAUGGUCUACGACGGCCUCCAAACCAGCGACCUGCAGGAGGCCUGCGCCGAGCUUACGUUGUGGCAGCGCGAGGGCUUGAAACUGCAAAUGGUCGGAGGGAUUCGACUCAGCAGCGGAACAGGUCAGAGCUACGGAGAGUCCGUCCACUGGAUGGACUCCACGGAGGAGGAAGUGUCUGUGUGGUCGUCCAUGAUCGAAAACCCCAACCAGUGGGUGGAAACAACCCUCCCCAUCAGAACCGACCUCGCGCGACGCUCCUCCGAUUGACAGGGACUGAAAAUCUUGUUACAUUUCUCAGUUUUGUGAUAUUUUCCACGUAGACGUUGCUGUGAACGAAUGGAUGGGAUUACCGUUUCAAGGUACAUCCCUGCGCUAGUUUUUAUCUCUCAUUACUGCAGUGACUGUGUUAUGUCAUUAAAUAGAAAACCUGUUUUUUAGGUUGCCUGCAGUUUAAAUAUUAUACUAAGACAACACUUUGAAUCGGACUCGUCUUACAUGCCUCGAAGACACAAUAGUACCACUCAAAAGUUUAGAGACAUUUCUGCAUCAUGAUGAAUAAGAAAUAAUCCCGAAACUUUUAACUAGUAUGGCACAAUUAUUUAAUAAUACAAUAUAUAUAGGCAUAAAUAAUCAUAAUAAUAAUACUCGGACUAAACAAAACUAGAGAAACCUAUUGCUGUAGUUGACAUGCCAUGCCGCUAGAUGGCAGUGUUUUGGUAUCAUUCCAAUGCAGAGUAAAAGCAGGCCAGUAUUGCCGACACUUUACACUUGGAAGUCUUUCAUUAUCAUUGAAUGGUCGUCAUGAUUAUGAGUACAAGGCAGUAUUGUAGACAAAAAUAUUGUAUCGACCAAUGUUUUUGCGAAGAGUUUAGUACGUUCUUAUGACUUUUCUGCCCCCUUGAUAUGUACGUACAUCUGGAAUUUACUCUAACACAUUUCCUUGAUCAAAUACUCUGAAAACAACCUCGUCCACAUGUUUAUUGACCAUAAAAAGGGUGAAACUAAAAACAUGAGUAGAAAGGAUGCUUCAAAUAAAAACACGUACGAACAUUUAAUUACGAGACAGAACACCCCCCGACUGGCGGAUAUUAACGGCCACUACCAAACUGUCCAAAGGGAUACCAUGGUUUCUCUGGUGCCAUAAGCAGGAUUGUCUCUGUGACCGGCUGCAGGAACACUUUGGUCCCAUCCUUUCUGGAGACUUUUAUCUCCACUUUACAAACUCUGCCAUCUUUGCUUGGGAAGACAUAUAUUUAUUAGUCCUAAAGGCCAAUGGUUUCUCUUCCGUUGGUCAUUCUUGAGCAGCACUACACUUCCAGGCAACAGGUUAAGUUGGGGUG